AUCAACACAACCUGGCAACUUGAAGACAACCUGGGAAGAGUGGGGUGCUCAGAUCGAGUUCCUUGUCCUGUGGAUGACUUCAGUCGUUUAUUUGGGACCUGUUGACUGUCGAGGACCUGAAGCAGACACACCUCGCUCAAGCUGUUCAUCAUCCUGCUUGUUGGUGUCUGGGGUUAGGAACUUGACAGAACAGGUUUUCUUUCUUGUCAGGGUGUUUCACAUAAUCAGCAGUGACGACAUGUCCACAGCUUUAAACUCUCCCCACUGAGUUAAUUCUUCAAAGGAUAGGACUGUCUUUGGGUUCAAGGAAAGACAUGAGGAUGGAGACUUUCUCAAGAUCACAGAUUCUGCAAGAGAUGAAUUUCCAAUACACCAAACUGGCUGCCAGUAACAACCGAGGCUUUAAACAGACAUUUGGGCAGGAGCUGAAUGAUGUUGGGAAAGACCUCCCCACUAGAGCGGGCAGCUUGGAGGCCAACAAAGAAAAAAACAGAUACUCUUGCAUUUUGCCAUAUGAUCACUGCCGGGUGAGGCUGUCAGUACAAAACCAGAAACCAAAUUCUGAUUACAUCAAUGCUAAUUUUGUCCCUGGUGGAGGAUCAGAAAGAGACUUUAUCUGCACCCAGGGUCCUCUGCACAACACCGUAGCUGACUUCUGGAGGAUGGUGUGGGAGCAAAAUGUCAGGAUAAUCGUCAUGGUGACGGCUCUGAGACAAAAGAACACAAUCAUGUGUGAUAAGUACUGGUCUCUGGAAGAAGGGACAGUUUAUCACGGAUUGUUCCAAGUAACAACAGUGACCCGGAAACAGGGUCCAGAUUAUUUUAUUACAACCAUUAACCUGCGACAGAGGGACUUGCCCAAUGACAGGAUAAUCACACACUUCUACUACCCAUCCUGGCCAGACCAGGGUGUCCCAAACCCAUUUUCCCUGUGUGGAUUCACUGAACAUGUGCGACAGCAUUUGGAGGUUCUUCCCCACCUGGGGCCAGCUGUGGUUCACUGCAGUGCAGGCGUUGGCCGGUCGGGGACAUUUGUGUCUUUGCUGUGGCUAAUGCAGCUGUGUGUGAGAGGGAUCCUCCCUGACAUCAAAGGUGCUGUGAAGGACCUACGGCUGCAUCGAAUGUGGAUGGUCCAGACUCUUGAGCAGUACAUAUUUAUUUAUCACUGUCUGCUCCACUGGCUCGGUGGAGGUGAUUCAGCAAGCAAGCAACAGAUGCAGAGACCCAGUUUCGAUCCUAGCCAACAGGAUCAACCUAGGAGCUCUGAGAGGAGGAGACGCCACCACUCACAACAGAAACCUCCAACAGACCACCUACAGAACACAGUGCAGCAGAUAUUUAAACCCGGGAAGCUACUGAGGAGGUUAAUACCCUCCUUAUCGCAGAUGAAUCCAGCCUCACAAAAUGCCUGAAGACAUGUUCUGAAAAAUGCACAGAAGCACUGAUAUACAUGACAUUAAGGAAAAUGAAAAAAAAAAAUGCAUUCUUCUUGCUGCCUUAUAUGGACUUUAAUGGUGUAGGCAAUGACCGCUGCGUAGACAGUGUGAGGAGAGGCCCUGGAGACACAGAACUGCCCUGACAACACACUGAUUAACGCUUUUAACAGACACAGGAGUUUGUAAUGUAACCAGGAAGAAGAACUGAGGGAAUAAUUCAUCAGGUUAAACCUGUUAUUCUGUUAAUCACGAGAAAAGGGAGCUGCUACCUUUGCACUGAGGAAAAAAAAAAAUACUGCAGGCAAAGAC